GCAGCGGUGGGAGUGCAGGGGUCGAAGUUCGUAGUUGGAGUCUGUGUUGUGAGUCUCACGACUACAGAGCGAAACAUGAGCGAGAACUCAGAUUUUGUUGAUUUUUUUCCGGAUUCUAAGGCUGAGUACGUACUCAGCAAUGUUGCGGAAGUGGUUGAGAGGAUUCUUACGUUCAUACCAACCAAAUCGCUUCUCCAGCUCGCGAGUGUGUGCAGACUCUGGAGAAACUGUGCUCGCAGAGUGCUUAGGACUCAGCAACAGCUGACCUGGGUGUCGGCCUCUGGACAUCCCAGCACAGAGUCCCAUGCCCUCAAUAGCAUCUUGGCCGAAGAAGUGGAGAAAGUAUACCUGCUGCCUAAAACAGUUCUGGUAAUGGCAGACUCUGAGAUCCUCAAUGGAGGAGCCUUUUGCUACAAACAGAACAAAGCAAAAAAGAGUCGCAACAGUCUCGACGCAGAACUGAACGAGCUCUUCCCCAGAGGCUGUGAUGUCAUGGGCGUUGCUACACCAGGAAUAGUCUUGACACCCAGCGGCUCUUGCGGCAACCCUCCCCAGGAGUACCAAGAUGGGGGAGCUGGCUUUGCAAUCAUGCUUCCAGCUAUUGAGGGUGUCCAGAUCCAGCCUUUUCACUUUUGUAAGAGAACCAUCUCCCCGACAGCCCUUAAAGAAGCAGGACUAGUUGACAACCCAGAGCUACGUGUGAUACUGAUUUUCUUCUAUGAGGCAUAUAAACCAGGAGGCGCACGCUUCCUUAACCAGAUACUAGAGCCGCUUUCGAAGACCAAAGCUCUGAUUGCUGGAGGGUUGGUAGAGAAUGCCUUCGCUCCUUCCAGAUACUGCUGUAGCCAGGGUUCAUAUGGUGUGAUAGGCCUGGCCCUGAGUGGGCCUAAAGUUCAGGGGGCGUCUGUGCUGUUGGAGGAAGACGUCAUCAGCGCAAAAGCGGCUGAAGCCACAAUCCGACGACUAAAGGCAGCCAAAAUUCCAGAGAAAAACACCCUGGGAUUUAUGUUUGCCUGCGUGGGGAGAGGCCAGAACUACUACAACAACCAGAGCAAUGUCGAGGCAGAUGCUUUCCGCAAGGUGUUCCCCAACACCCCGCUCUUUGGGCUGUUUGGAAACGGCGAGAUUGGCUGCGACCGAAUCAUAAAAGAUGACUACACGCUGUGUGACACUGACACGGACAACCUGCAGCACGAGUACACUACUGUCAUGACCCUGGUCCAUCUAGGCUGAAUGUCCCGCAGCAACGGUCAACACACAGGAUGAAAGAUGACACGUCAUGCUUUUGUUUGUAACAGCAGUCGAGAGCAACAAACAUUGUGUACAGAGUAACGGUACAGCAUAGAAGAAUAUCGCUGUCACUAUUUCUACUCAUAAAGACGAACAGUAAUCUUUUUAACCCUCAGUGUAAUGGCAGCAUGUGGCAUAGUAUCCCUUGGAGACUGUGUGGAAACCCAGGCUUUAUAUUAAAACCAGUGCAUUCAUACAGUUCAAACAUAACAAUACAAACUCGGAAGAAUGUGAUAUAGCACAUUUAAUAAAAUGCAAGAAAAAGGGCCCCUAUUAUGCUCACUUAGGAACUGGAAUGUUUACUUUGUAUCUGAAGGAAUUGGCUCACAUGCACUAUGAAGUGCUGCAGAACUGUUUCUUACCUCAUAUCUUUAAUAGUUUGUUAGGAGAAUCCCAGAUGGUCCUGAUUGGUCAGAUGGCACUAUGAACGUGAGGGCGUGCUUAGUACACACAGAGCAACAUAAAGUAUUAGCCACAUUAUGAAGAGGUUCUGACAUUCUUUGUGAAUGAUCAUUUUAUAUGUAAAUAACUGAAAUCACAACACAUCUGUUUUCUGUAACUUGCGUAUGUAAAUGCUUUUUUUUUCUUUUUCAAAUUGCUGCUAUAGCAUCAGUAUUUUAGCAGUGCAGUACGACUAGCUGAAAAUUACUUUGAGAAUUCCUACUUUACUUGAUGGGCUCUGUUUGCAUCACACUUUCAUAUUCACUUUUGUUAUAUGGCAGCACAACCAGAAAAAAUAUGGAAAGGAUUUAAUCUUUUUGGGAUUUGUAGCCAUCAUUGGAUCAUUUGGUGCACUUUGCUCAUGGUUAGCUUAGCUGGGUCAGACAGCCAGGCUGGUACUGUGUCACUGUGCUCCAUAGUGAUAGAUAAGUCACUGAAGAAAGCCUGGCCUGCAAAGGAGAAGUUUCAGGAAGUUCAGUAGGAGUGUUUUCUAUGGGAACGUGUAACUCCCGGUAACUUUGAAAACCAUUAUAUACAUAAAAAGACAAACAAAC